AUGGUAGAACAAGUCGUGUCGGAAGAGCGCAAGUUGAUCCUACAGAAUCGACGACAAUUGCGCAAGGCCAAAAAAUCGAAAGCAAAACAAUUUAAGCAAGCAAGGCAGCAAGCAAAACGCGAGAAAAGGGCGGAGAUUGUGGCCAAAAUCCGCGCCAAGCGCGAGGAAGCGCAGUUUGCUAACAAUGCCAAUGAUGGUAGCUGUUGGCUCUGUGGUGAGAUGACGCACCGGAAGCAAGACUGUCCUAACCGUGCAGCUGGAGACCUUAAUAAAACGUGCUUUCAGUGCCGUCGACGUGGUCAUACAUCGCAUAAUUGUCCACAGAAAGAUCAUGGCGGUGGCUUUGGCAAGCAGCAACAAGUGGUCGUAUGCUUCAAUUGUGGCGCAGGUGACCACAGUUUACGCGACUGCCCCAAUCCUCAAGAAAAUGGCGGUGCAACUUAUGCAACGUGCUUUGUGUGUAGUCAACAAGGUCAUUUCAGCAGCAAGUGUCCCAAGAACACCAUGGGUGUGUAUCCCAAGGGUGGUUGCUGCAAAGUCUGCAAGAGCAUUGAGCACUUAGCGCGGGGUUGUCCAGUUGGCAACAUCUCAGCAGACGAAAGCAGUGGUGCGAAAACGAACAAAAAGACUACAUUUACAGAUGACGACGAAGACGUUGUUGGUCAAGACAAUGGAGACAAGACUGGUGACGCUCUUGACUCGUUUGAGCUCGGUCUAGAAGGAGAAGAAGACGAAAAAUACGAGGAACAGGAUACGCGUCCAACAAGCAGUCGGAAGAAUAUCAAGCGGGUCAAAUUCUAG